AUGGCGCGGGAAGACUAUAACGAUGAAGACAACGAAGAUAGCGACCAGAUAUUAGCUGAAAAAUUUGGUCUAUGUACAUUUAUCCAGGUGUAUAAAAGAUAUCGUGCAUCCCUAGUGGAAAAGAAAUAUGGCAAUAAGGCAAGCAAAUGGUUCGGCAAGAUAUCGUGCUACUCAAGCACCUCUGGCACUAGGAUAACUUUUGUAGAAGGGGAUGUUAUCCAGUAUCAGCACGAGAACAUCGGACUUAUCCAGUCGAUCUUUAUUUACGAGAUGUACGAAGGGAUUGAGCGGAUCUUUUUUCUUGUUAACCCUACGUUUUCCGAUAGACAAGCAGCAGAUCCUAUCUUAGGGCUUCCGAUAAUCAGAAUCAAUCGUGGAGAUGAGGUUAUUGUCGGCCUUCCAAUAGUGGAGGGGAAGAAGCAGUAUACGAUACAGCUGCCUCCAGAACAGGAUCCAAGAACCACCGGACAAGAUAAAGCAUAUGAAUAUCUGAUUCAUUGUACCUGGAAUGUUGAGUUCUUCUAG